AUGUCGCGCCCAGCUGCCUCGCCGUUGGCUUCCUUCCUCAGAUCCACUUCACCUCCUCCCGUUCCCCAGCCGGGUGCCUGGCGGGCUUCUCGGAAGAAGGACGGAGCGGCUGAGCAAGGCAGAGGUGAUGGCCGGUGGCGGCGGCACCUUGCCGGGUUCUUGGGGAGGAAGAACCGGGCGCAACCUACCGCGCACAAGCGCGGCCGCCGCCGUGGCAGCGCAGGCGCCAGCCACCAGCGAGGCGGCGCGACCCGCGCUGUCAAGCCGAGCACGGCUCGCAUGGGCGUGGUCCCAGGGCAGCCGAACGAGGCAGCGGAGGUGCGGACCACAAGCGCAGUUGCCAGCUAUCAGCAAGGCGGCGCGGCCCGUGCGGGCGACCUGAGGGCAUAUGGAAAAGCUUGUCCAGUCUGCUCACGAGGCAUCAACAUCCUCCAGCAGUUCAUUCCAUGGGCAUGGCACUUCCAGACAAACAAUAUUGUCAAGUGA